GGGCAUCUGUCGCCAUACGUAUAACUUUUAAAUGGAAAAUGUCUUUCUCAAAGGCUGCCGAUGUCCAGUGGUCUGCAGUCCAUGAGCAGUUGACUAGUCCAGGUGUUUCUGCUUCUGUUUCCGUGCUAUGUGAAUUGGGAGUUCGAGAGAAGAGUGUGCAGGAUGGAGGAGCUGAGGGACAGUCGGCCCAAUAUGUCAAGACCUCUGAUCACUAGAUCCCCUGCAUCUCCAUUGAACAAUCAAGGCAUCCCCACUCCAGCACAGCUCACAAAGUCCAACGCACCAGUUCACAUUGAUGUGGGUGGGCACAUGUAUACCAGCAGCUUGGCCACGCUUACAAAAUAUCCCGAUUCCAGAAUCGGCCGGCUUUUCGAUGGCACAGAGCCCAUUGUCCUCGACAGUCUCAAGCAGCAUUAUUUCAUCGACAGAGAUGGGCAGAUGUUCAGAUAUAUCUUGAAUUUUUUAAGGACAUCCAAACUCCUCAUUCCUGAUGAUUUCAAG